AUGGAGGGGUCCAAGGACGGCGUCGCGCCCUGCGUGUGGAGCAUCAACAAGUCCAAGGGAUUUGGCGCAAAGAAGAUCAACUUUGUCGUCACCCUGAACGCACAGGGCAAUUCCGGGCGCCUGGACCGGUACUUCUACAAGGACGGACGUGGAAGCCUCGUCCCUGCUGACAGCUACCAGAUCAACCGGUUCAAGAACGGCCUCCAAAAGUGCUUCAAGGCUGCGCUCGACGCCGGCUUCACGGGCAUCCACAUCCUGCCGCACGUUGACCCGGUGGACGCCAGCGGGAAGGGCAUGUGGCGCAACGUCGUGAAGUUUGACCCCACCCAGAAGAUCGGCCCUGGCGGCAACGCCUUCAGCUAUGAGGACGUCCUGCUGACACCCACGGCCCAGGCCAUCAACGCUGUUGUGGGCCCCAACACCCUGGUCGAGUUCACUCUUACGGGGGAGCAGGGCCUGUCCGUCUUCACCUACCCCAACGCCUGGGCGGCGCUGCUAGACCGGACGAAGGCUGUCUCUGCCAAGGGCAAGGACGCGUCUCGCCACCUGACGGGCGUGAGCUUCAAUUGGGACAAAGUCUGCGGCUGCGUGGAACCAGAGGAGCGCGAUCCCAUCAAGUACAACAACACAUACCUGGAGCGCUUCUCACGCUUCAAGUCCAGCGGCGGCCUCGGCCGCAUUGACGUGGCGGGCGUGCGCAAGCUGCUGGACAAGAGUGAUUUCAUCGGCGCAUCUGGCUACGCCAGCACUGACCUCAAUGUGGUGGCGGCAUCUCAUGAGGUCUCCGCGGCCACCGUCAACUUUGAAUUCCUGUCAUUUGGCAUAGACUUGAGGACCUACAUGUUCCAGAAGAACAAGCCUUUUGUCUACAGCGAGCAGGGCCUGGGCGGCUGUCAGAGCAACGGUCAGAUCGCCCCUUCACUGCCCUGGGUGGCCAAGCACCCAUUCUGGGGCCUGUGGCCAGGCCAGUAUGAGACCAAGCUGGAUCCCUGGCAGAAUACCGAGUUCAAAGGCUACCGUCGCAGGUUCUAUGAUGCACUCUCCAAGUUUGCCCAGAACGGCGGCGGUGAGGAGCGCAAACUAGUUUAG